AUUUCUCUCCACGAUCUCAUACAAAAACGAGGGCAGGGGCCUAACCUAUAAGUCAUUGAAUUUAUUAUACAAGUAAUUAAAGAUGCAGUAGUAGUGAUAAAGGGAAGUCUGCAUUUGACCCUUAUCAGAUUCAGAUCCUUCUGUACAAAUUUGGAAUAUCGCAAUGCCCUUGGGUGUGUGUUAGGUGGGGCGACGGGUGGAGGUGGUGAUUAUGAUUAUGAUGAUGAUGAUGAUGUAUUUGAGAGUGAUGUUGGUGGUGGCGCUGCUGCUGCUGCUGCUGCUGAGUGGGGGUGGCGCUGCCCAGAGAGAAGGGGCCGCCCAUGGUGUUCAUAAACACCAGGCACCGUGGAGGAUCCACACUCUAUUCUCGGUGGAAUGCCAGAACUAUUUCGAUUGGCAGACGGUUGGGCUUAUGCACAGCUUCAAGAAGUCCCGCCAGCCCGGCCCCAUUACCAGGCUUCUCAGCUGCACCCAAGAGGAGCGGAAGACCUACCGAGGAAUGGACUUGGCUCCCACUUUCGAGGUGCCUUCCAUGAGCAGGCACCCCAAGACUGGUGACUGGUAUCCUGCAAUUAACAAACCAGCUGGUAUUGUCCAUUGGCUUAAGCACAGUAAAGAUGCACAAAAUGUUGAUUGGGUUGUGAUCUUAGAUGCAGACAUGAUAAUACGAGGUCCAAUAAUUCCCUGGGAGCUUGGUGCCGAGAAGGGAAGGCCAGUAGCUGCAUAUUAUGGGUAUUUGGUUGGUUGUGACAAUAUUCUUGCUAAAUUGCAUACGAAGCAUCCUGAACUCUGUGACAAGGUUGGCGGGCUUUUAGUUAUGCACAUAGACGAUCUUCGAGCUUUGGCACCCAUGUGGCUUUCAAAAAGUGAAGAAGUACGAGAAGAUAGAGCUCAUUGGGCAACCAAUUAUACAGGAGAUAUAUAUGGUCAAGGGUGGAUAAGUGAGAUGUAUGGAUAUUCCUUUGGUGCUGCAGAGGUAGGACUUCGACACAAGAUAAACAAUAACCUGAUGAUCUAUCCAGGCUAUAUUCCACUAGAUGGUGUUGAGCCAAUCCUCAUGCACUAUGGCUUGCCAUUUCGUGUUGGGAACUGGUCAUUCAGUAAAUUGGAUCACCACGAGGACAACAUUGUUUAUGAUUGUGGUCGGCUUUUUCCUGAACCUCCAUAUCCAAGAGAGGUAAAUCAACUUGAAACUGCUCCAGAUAAGAGGAGAGCACUAUUCCUGAACAUAGAAUGCAUCAAUACCUUGAAUGAAGGUCUUCUGUUACAGCAUGCAACCUAUGGCUGUCCCAAACCAAAAUGGUCAAAAUAUUUGAGUUUCUUAAGGAGCAAAGCAUUUGCAGAACUUACCGGGCCGAAACUUUUGACUCCCAAAACUCUUCAAAUGAUGGAUGAGGACCGUGCUCAAGUUGUUGAUGAGCCACACGUUCAAGUUGUUGAUGAACCCAUAAAGCCACACCCCAAAAUUCACACCAUUUUCUCCACAGAAUGUAAUUCUUACUUUGAUUGGCAAACUGUAGGCCUUGUGCACAGUUUUCAGCUGAGUGGCCAGCCUGGGAAUAUAACAAGACUUCUCAGCUGCAACGAUGAAGAUUUGAAACAAUAUAAAGGACAUCACUUGGCUCCCACUCAUUAUGUUCCAUCCAUGAGCCGGCAUCCAUUAACAGGCGAUUGGUAUCCAGCUAUUAAUAAGCCUGCUGCAGUUCUUCAUUGGCUUAAUCAUGUAAAAACAGAUGCAGAAUAUAUAGUAAUCCUUGAUGCUGACAUGAUUAUGCGGGGACCAAUUACCCCAUGGGAGUUCAAAGCUGCACGUGGUAGACCAGUUUCAACUCCCUAUGGUUACCUGAUUGGGUGCGAUAAUGAGCUUGCAAAGCUCCACACUCGCCAUCCUGAAGCAUGUGACAAGGUUGGAGGUGUGAUCAUUAUGCAUAUAAAUGAUCUUCGAAAAUUUGCUCUGCUGUGGCUCCACAAAACUGAGGAGGUCCGAGCUGACAGAUCUCACUGGUCUAGAAAUAUUACUGGAGAUGUCUAUGAGUCUGGAUGGAUUAGUGAAAUGUAUGGCUACUCCUUUGGUGCUGCAGAGUUAAAUCUGAGGCAUCAGAUAAGCAAUGAGAUUUUGAUAUAUCCAGGUUAUGUUCCUGUACCUGGUGUCAAGUAUAGGGUAUUCCACUAUGGCUUGGAAUUUAGAGUUGGAAACUGGACCUUUGAUAAAGCAAACUGGAUUCAUACUGAUGUCGUAAAUAGCUGCGGGGCUAAAUUUCCUGACCCUCCUGACCCAUCAACACUUGACCAUUCUGAUGAUGAUUCACUGCAGCGUGACCUGCUAAGUAUAGAGUGUGUUAAGACACUGAAUGAAGCUCUACACUUGCACCAUGAGAGAAGCAAAUGCAAUGUUCGUAGUCCCCAGACCAUUUCAAAUCAGGAUUCUAGUGAAACUACAAUCUCAAGGAAGUUUGGAAAAUUUGAGGAGGUUCAUAACUUGACAUAUAAUACCACAACAACGAACAACUCCGAGGAGAUAUCUCCACCUGAAGAGCCAAACCAAACGUUUAGCUCAAUGAGGUUCUGGAUAAUUUCUCUAUGGGCCUUUUCAAUCUUGGGUUUUGUGAUCAUUAUGUCUGUGAUGCUUUCAGGUCGUAAAGGACAGAAAAAAAGAGGCAAGGUUUAUAAGCCCAAAAGAAGAUCGUCGUACUCAGGAUUUUGGGAUACAAAUGGGCAUGAUAGGCAUCUUCGAAGUGGUGAAAUGUCAUAGUUUAAGAUCCUAGAAAUAUGUCUAUAAUACGAUGAUUGCCUGAUGAUGCAUGAGUUACUGAAAAUCUGAAACAGAAGGGAGGCACCGCACAGGUGGAAGUCUGCUGACAUGGAAAUGCAGCGUCCUUUUUCUGGGAGGAGGAUUCUAGCUUUCAGAUGUUCAUAUCAGGUAUAACCGGAUAAUGCAUUGAUUUGGUAAGGAGCCUUUUCUGAAUUCGAAAAUCUUGUGAAAAAUGCACUCUGCCUUGUUCUGGAUAUUCUGGCAUCUCCAUAGGUUUUAUUUGAAAUGUUGUUUUAGACAAAGUUCACUUCCAACUGUACAAUUCCUUAAAACUGACGGGAAAAAGAAAAAGGAAUAAUGAAACUAGGUUUGAGAGUUGAAAAAAGUAUAUGAUAAGAGAGAGAGAGAGAAUAAAAGCUUCCAGAAAAAUUUUAUUUUUGUAGUACAUUCAGAAGUUUGCAGAUGUAUGCGUCUGUAUUUGUUCGUUGCUGUAUCUUGUUAUACGGGUGUAAUAACUUUCUUCCUAGGCCUGUUUUCUAUGCUUCAACCCAGAUUGCUAUUUAAAUCAGUUAGGCUAUCGUCUGUUGAAUUUAGGGCAAGGAUUUUUUGUUUUCUGGUUCA